AUGGCCGAAAUCACCACUCCAACCUACACCAUCCGCUACGCGCGACAAUCCGACGUCCCCACCAUCCUCCAAAUGAUCCAAGAACUGGCAGACUACGAAAAAGCCCUCCACGAGGUCCUGGCGACCGAGGAAUCGUUGCUCAAGACUUUAUCGUUUCCUGAUCCAGAGAGCGAGACGGGGUUCACUCCAGGCUAUGCGAAGACAUUGCUUAUUGUGCCCAACAAUAGUGGUAGUGCUGGUACUGUACAACAACCACAACAAUCAACAGAAGAAUCAUCACCAGCGGUGGCCGGAAUGGCACUCUACUUCCACAACUACAGCACCUGGACGGCCGCCCCGGGAAUCUAUCUGGAAGAUCUGUUUGUCCGGCCACAGUACCGCGGCACGGGGUUCGGGAAGGCCCUCAUCCAGGCGCUGGCGCGCGAGUGUUUGCGGCUCGGGUGCAAGCGGCUCGAUUGGAGCGUGUUGAAGUGGAACAAGCCGAGUAUUGACUUCUAUGUGAGUGAGGUGAUUGGGGCCACGAGGAUGGAGGAGUGGGUUGGGAUGAGGGUUGACGGGGAGAAGUUGGCGAAACUUGCUGGGAGGAAUUGA